AAUAUUCCACAGGAAUGGUUCGAAAGUGACACUCACGCUUAGCAUGAGCUUCGCUAUGAAUCAUAUCUUAGCAUGACCGAUCUAAUCCUGACAUUAUAAAACCGCAGCUCAAACACCUAAACUCUUCCCUCCUUUGCAAUCCCCACUGCACACAGCACACUGGCGACCUAAACCGGCCCCUCCAUCCCCUGCUGCCACAGUGCUCUCAAGUCUCGUCUCACCCUGUCCCACCGAGAAAGAACGAGAAUGCCGCGCCACCUGCUGCAGCAGCCCGUCGACCGCCUGGCCGCGAUGGCCGCCGCGCCGGCCGUGGUGGCCGGCGGUGGGACGAGCGUGCACACGGACACGCUGCUCAUCCUGGCGGCGGUGCUCUGUUUCGUGCUCUGCGUGGUCGGGCUGGGCAUGGUCGCGCGCUGCUCCCGCAUGUGCAACCCCUCCGCCUUCUCCGUCGACGCGCCGGGUGCAAUGGCCAAGUCGCCGUGCAAGGGGAUGAAGAAGAAGGCGCUGGAGUCGCUGCCCACCGUGUCGUGGCAGCCGGAGCCGAGGAAGGUGGACGAGGAGCGGCCGGAAUGCGCCAUCUGCCUGGCGGAGUUCACGCGCGGCGACGAGGUGCGCGUGCUCCCGCACUGCGGACAUGGCUUCCACGCCGCCUGCGUCGACGUGUGGCUCCUCUCCAGCUCCACCUGCCCGUCCUGCCGCCGCGCCCUCGUCGUGGUGUCGCCGGCGCUGCCAACCACCCAUCCUCCCGCGCGCGCGGCGACGUGCUGUGCGGCCACCGGCGCCGGCUCUGGCAGUUGCCGGUCAUCAUCGGCACCGUAGAGACGACCUUUAAAAGCUCUGUCGGUCCGCCCUCGCUGCAGUCUGCAGAGACACGGGCCAGCACACACGUACGUACAUAUUGUACAAAUUAAGUUCAGACGUAGUCGCUCAUGUACGUAGAUACGCGCCAUUUCAUUAGUUUACAUACAUUUCCCAUGUGUCAUGUCAUACAUGUAAGUAUACCGUAUAUGUACAUGCAACCGGAUGCAUGCGAUGGGUCGAUGGUGCACCACUUAAUAUGUGUCUGUAAAAACAUUUUUCCUCGUUAAAACCUGUGAAUACAUAUUUACAUA